CCACCAACAGAACCGUUCCUAUUGUUCCCGUUUCCUCCCGGCCCAGUUCAGGAAGCGAGUCAGAACCGCAGAGGAGGAGGAGGAGGAGGAGGAGGAACCUGGGAGGCUCUCGGAGUCCAGCAGCUUCAGCACCGAACCAGAACCAGGAUUAAAGGUAGGAAGCAGCCGAUGUGUCGGACGGGAUGGGGGAGUCUCAGUCCAGGUCAGUGAUGCUUCAUCAUCAGGACCAGCAUGUGGACUCGGCCCAGGGUGGGACCAGGACCAGGACCAGSUCCUGUCUUCAGAACAAAGACCCUAACUUCAACUUCCUGCCGGGAGAACCGGAGAGGGUCUUCACGGCGAAGAGAGGAAGAGGAGGAGAUGAGAACCGGAACCAGGUCUGUCCCCGGGACCCUCUGAGUCCCACAUCCUCGGGUUUCCACCACGGCUCGGGGGUCACGUCCCCGCGGUCCCGCCUGCCCUGCUGGAGCCCCCUGGAGCCACUUCCUGAGGUCGGGGAGGACGGGUACGGUCGGGUCCCCCCCGACGGGGCGGAGGAGCAGAGGGGGGAGGGGGAGGAGGGCGGGGCCAUGAUGAUGAUGAUGAAGAGGGACGGGACCAGGAAGGAUGAAGGUGACCCAGACCUGGACCAGGAAUGGGGGGACAGUGAAUCGGAGUCCGAGUUCAGCAGCCAGUCCGGCGCCAGCAUGUCCUCCCUGGACGAGGAGAGCGGGGGGGAGGAGCCUCUGGUGAGGGGCUGGGACCGGGUCGGAGUCGGAGAACCCAAACCCAGCCCGGAGGAAGCUGACCCCACCAGGACCAGCAGCCGAGGCCUGAGCCCUAAAGCCCUGACAGGAAGUGGUCUGGAGGACCAGCAGCAGGAGCGUAACCAUGACAACGAGCAGUCCUCAGACUCGGAGGCGGAGCUGAUGGACGCCGUGUGGACCCUGAGGGACCGCGAGCGCUUCAAGGCCCAGGAGAUGGAGAAGCACCAGGUCCAGCUCACCAUGUACCGCCGGCUGGCUCUGAUCCGCUGGGUCCGGACCCUGCAGGGCCGGGUCCAGGAGCAGCAGAACCGCCUGCAGUCCAGCUUUGAUGUCAUCCUGACUCACAGGAAGGAGCUGCUGAGGAUGGGGGCCGCCRCCGCCGUCAGCCAAUCAUGAGGAGGCGUGCAGCUGGGCUGUGACAUCAAUGAAAGAAUAAAUAACAUCAACAACACAA